UCCGAAUAUCCCCCUCAAAUAUUGGUAGGGUCUUCCUCUUUCUAGUCGUUAUUGCUUACUAAAAUCUCCUAUGGUCAUUCGUGUAAGCUGGCAGUUCAGUGGGUAGAACCUGAUGAUCUCCCCUUCGAACCGACUGAUAUCCUUAUCGACUGAGACCUUUACCGCGAUUACCAAGUUGCAUCACGACGUCCAAGAGCGCAAGAGCAAUCGAGCAGCAAGAACCGGCCCACUUCCCUGUUCUUUGAGGAACGUGGUGACGACCUUGUGCCAAGGCUCGAUUUCGUCUGCCGGAGACUCACGAUGAAGUGGGAGCCCGUCUUCAAUAUUGUUCACCGAUAUCUCUUUUGCCGCUGUGUCCUUAGACUUGGUACUCCUUCCCGUCUGGAGAAGGAAAUGACUCUGCUCGUGAACGCCCCUUGCCCAAGACACAACAUAGUUGGCAAGAACCUCCGGGACUACAGUGAACUAGCGGUUCACCCUUCGGAAGACCCUUACUUUGAACGAUUCGGCGGCUAUAAUGCUUUCUGGGCAAUGCUCCACCGCUGUUUUGCACCUCUGUACGAGAGACUGGGAGGCAGCAAAGCCAUCACCAAAACUCAACUUUUAUACGGAUACGUGGACCUCGCACAGAUGGAAGAAGAUGACAAGGAGGCAGUUCGACGCAUUGCUGAUGACUACUUGCUGAAAACACGAGAGAUGUUGUUGAAUAAGAAACAAGAGAGCGUAAAUGACGAUCAUCUGGAUCAAUUCAACAAAUCAUACAUGGGCAUGGAGCUACGGAAAAUCCUCAACGGAGAUUGGGAUGGCAUUCCACAUGGGAUAACAGGCCAGUAGCGAAAUAGGGAUUCCUUGUGCGAGUUUCAUUAAUCGAAUUUUUUUGCCCUCCUCGAGUUGUUCCACGUAUGCUAAGGGUUGAUAUGUAUACAAUAACACGGG